AUGGCAGUUUAUCUUAUACUGGAGAAAACCACGGCUCAGGUUCUGAUCCACCUCCACAGAGGAGACUUUGUGGCAGCAGACAAGUGUGUGAGGGAGAGCUACAGUCUUCCCGGAUACAGCGGGAGCGAGGACUGCGUCGCCAUGGAGACGCUGCUGCAGGGCUACGACGAACAGGACGAGGACCAGGCGUACCGCGUGUGCAACUCCCCUCUGCUCAAGUACAUGGACAACGACUACGCUAAGCUAGCCAUCUCCCUGCGCGUCCCGGGAGGAGGCGCCAAGAAGAAGAAGGCGCCGGCGGCUCCACAGGGGGGCGCUAGCGGUGCACCUGCGGAGGAAGAGGACGACUACGAGGGAGGCCUGUGUUAA